GUAUUAAUGUGGCCGACUCACAUAGCCCGGGGCCUCCCGUGCUGUAAUGCAGUGGGGAUAAGCAGCCCACUCGGAUUACUUUAGAUAGGGUUUGGGCCGUAUCUAGGUCAGAAAAAUGAAGGAGGUUUUCUUACAGAAGUAUCCUAGGGACCGAUCGAUACGAGAUUGUUCCCGUUGAGGCAUUCCUUUGGCCAGAUUUUUGAGUGUUUCGCUCAGUGUACCAGUACUACUUAUUGCCAGACAGAAACUGAGCACUCGGUCCGCAGUUCCCGGUUCUCGGUUCUCGGUUCUCGGUCUCAUACUCGUCAAGUCGGUUCAUUACGAUUCAUAAUAAAAAUGAAAAUCUGAUAUGUUUUUGUAAGUUGAGAUUUUGCAAAAACGAAAAAAAGCUGAACAAACUUGAGCCGCGCCAAGCGAGAGCCCUAGCCAAAAGCAGACAGAGAACGGAGAACAGUCAGUCGGAGCAGAACGUGUACGGUACGGAACGGUUCAAGUAUUGGAAUUGGCAAAUGUAUCCCCACAAGAUAUUCCAGAAAUACAUAAUUACGAAAGAAACAAAAAAAAAAAAAAAAAAAAAAAACAGUGAAAUGAAAUGAAAUGAAAUGAAAGGAAAACCGACUCCGCCGAGAUCUUGUUGCACAACAGAUGUGGAUGUCUGAAACUGGAAUUGUAAAUGAGUUCGCUCACAGCACCAUGAAUGAGCUGCUCGGAUGGUAUGGCUUCGAUGGCGUCGACGUGGAUCGCCUGGAUCUCACCGCCAAGACAUCGCGUCUGCUUCAGAGUGCCGCCGCUGCGGCUGCGGUGGCCAGCCAACAGCACCACCUGCACCAUCAGGACCAGGAGCACCAGCACCAGAUGCUGGAGAGGAGGAGGACUGGUUUCCUUCGGAGCAGUCGCAGCUCCCUUGCUGCCGCGUAUCAUAGUAACAACAAUAACAACACGAAAAACAAUACCAGUAGCAAUGGAAAUGGGAAUGCCAGUGCCGGUGCCGGUGGGAGUGGGUGUGGGCGCAAGGGCGGCGUUCAAUAUUGCAACAGAACGACGACGACUCCCUCGGAUCAUGAUACGCGCAGCUCGCGGGAGGAUGACUCCAAAAGUCCGAACUCAAUCGGCAAGCCGGUCACGACAGUGGGGAUGCUGACCACAGAGGAGAAAAUAGACUUCAACAACUGUUGCUGGUGCCAUCGACCGAUUGCCGAGAACGCGCCAGACUAUCUGACCAGCAGCGAUGGACCUCGCUAUUGCUCGGAGUCCUGCUUCACACAGAGCCGGAGGGCGUGCUUUAAGAAGGCCAAGACCUGUGACUGGUGCAAGCACGUCCGCCAUGCAGUCAGCUAUGUGGACUUCCAGGAUGGGGCCUCGCAGCUGCAGUUCUGCUCGGAGAAGUGCCUCAACCAGUACAAGAUGCAGAUCUUCUGCAACGAGACCCAGGCCCACCUGGACAUGAAUCCACACCUGCGGGACCAGGGCUUGGAGGCGGGCAGCGAAGCGGGUCUCAUCACGCCCGAUCUCUGGCUGCGCAACUGUCGCAGUCGCUCGGCCUCGCCAGCCUCCACGGUAUCGGUGUCGCCAGGGCCUCCAGCCGAGAGGUCGGCGGGGGCCACCGCCAAGCGAAUCUCGCCUAGCGUUACGCCGCCCAGCAAUCCGAGCAAACCCUUGAUCUCAGUGGCGCCCGUGUCCAAGCUGCUGGCCCAAAAGAGUCCCGCGCCAGCUGCUGCAGUCCCUCCACCGCCGCCACCACCCCAGCAGCGGCACCACAACUCCUUGGGAUCGGGUCCUGGACUAAAGCCUGGUCGCCGCAAGCGUCCGCAACGGGGUCCAUCGUCCUCCUCCGGUUCGGAGACGGUGGCCAGCAUGCUCCAAAAGCAGCAUCAUCAACAGCAGCAGCAGCAGCACCAACCGACGCUCAGCGCAGACUUUUCCGGAUCCAGUGUGCCGCUGCCGCCAUUAUCCCCCAUGCCAGAGCCGGCCCAUCCCCACCCACAACAGCAGCAGCCUCCCACAGUGGUGCCACCCCAGGUCCUGGGCAGGGGCCCAACUGCCAUACCUUCCAGCUACUUUGCCCCACCGCCCAAUGGGCAUCCGAUGGGACUUCCAUUUGGAAGGCAUCCCGCGCAGCCGCCACAUCACUUCCUGCCGCCCCCGCACGGCAUGAUGCCUCGGGGAUUUCCUCCGCCCUUUGGGCUACCGAUGCCGACACAGGUGCCAGAGCAUCUUGGUGCUUUCGCGGCAAUGAUGGGUGCGGUUCCGCCCGUAACCGUGAUGGUGCCAUAUCCAAUAAUCAUACCGCUGCCCAUACCCAUACCCGUGCCCCUGCCCGUCAUGGACUUCUACAAGGCGCAUCUGACACCCGAGCAGCGGAAGCAGCUCGACGAGGAGCGUGCCACGACGAGUCGCAGGGAGGACCAGCCACAGCCACUGGACUGCAGCAAAGCCAGGAGUGAUAAGGAUCUGGAUCAGGAUGGGCAACCAGAGGAGGAGCCGAAACCUCCACCAGAGCUCAAGGAGGAGCAGGGGGAGGAGGACGAGAAGGAGAAAGACGAAGAUGUCGAUAUUGAUGAUGACUGUAAUGAUAAUGAUGACGAUGAGGAUAAGAAAUCCAUACCAAAGACAACCUCUGCCGGGAACGCUUCUCCAGCUUCAGCUUCUGCUUCGCCGUCGCCUUCGUCAUCAUCGCCAGCCACUGAUGCGACCGCGCUUGAGACACACUGCAUUGUCCGAGAUGAAACCCAUUCGGAGGCCGACCAGGACAACCAGAAACUGCCCAAGCUAAAAAUCACGCGACUGCAAACCAAACGGACCCUUAUCCAAACCAAAGAGCCAACCGCGUCCACAUCGUCUCCAGCUCCACCGUCAUUUCCAGCGACACCUUCGGGCAGCAACGUUUCGUCCGAAUGCAGUCGACCGCUGCGCAAGCGCAAGCGGAUCAUUGACUGCGACUUCCAGAAGAUGGCACUGCGGGAGCUGGAGCCGGGCGAUGGCGGCCACAACCAGGACAGCAGUCCCACCAAGGACGAGGACGGAGAGUGCAAUAUAACCAAUAGCAACAACCAUGGCAAUGCUAAAGCUAAAAAGUAAAUGUAUUAGACUUAAUAGUAGACUUUACAAAAUAUUAGUACGUAUUUAUCCAUGAAUGGCGUGUGUAUGUGUGUAAACUGGACUUGAAUAUAUGUAUGCGAAAGCGCAAUAUAGAGAGCGGAAGGCGGAAGGCACAAAGUGCUCGAAGAGUCAGAAUGAAAUUGAAAUAAAUACAAAAUUUAAAUUAUUAA